AUGAUGCGGCACCUGCUCGUGCUGUCAACGGGGCAACACGUGGGCAAGACGACGCUGAGUCUCGGGCUCAUCAAGACGCUGCAGGCCACGCUCCAGGGAUCGGGUAAGCAGCUGGCGUACUGCAAGCCCGUGGGGCAGCAGCACGUGGCCGUGGGCGGUGGACUUCGAGUCGAUAAGGACGCGUUUCUGUUCAAAGAGCACUUUGGACUUGUGCAAGAGUACAAGGACAUGUCGCCCGUUCUCUUUCCCGACGGCUUUACGCGGGACUUCAUUGACGGCAAAGUCACGUCGCAGCAGCUCAUGGAUUCUAUCCGCCGCGCGCACCGAAAGCUGUACGAACAGAGCGACUUUCUCAUUUGUGAAGGAACGGGACACACGGGAGUGGGCUCCAUUUGUGAGCUCAACAAUGCACAAGUCGCAGCGGAGCUUAAACUUGACGCAGUUUGCGUAGCUCUCGGUGGAUUGGGCUCGUCGUUCGACCAGCUGGCGAUGAAUCGGGAGAUGCUCAAGCAGAAUGGCGUCCGGCUACGUGGGGUGAUCCUCAACAAGGUCAAUCCGAAAAAGAUGGACAUGAUCAAGGACUAUUACUCGCGAGCACUGAAACGCUGGGACGUCCCGCUCGUGGGUUGUAUUCCGUACUUGAAAGAUCUAUCGUGCCCGACGAUGGCAGACUACACGAAGCUGCUCAAGUCGGAACUCAUUUCUGGCAAAAACGCUAGUCUGCGCUACUUUAGUAGCACACGACUGGCUCUGGCCCCUGUAGAUGGCAACAAUCUGUUCAAGGCGAUCCCGAAUCAACUCGUAAUCACGCAUAGCGGCCGAAAGGACGUGAUUGACGCGAUCAUAGGCAAUGAAGAGGCGUCUUCUACUUAUGGCGGGAACCUCAAGUCGGGUCUGAUUCUUACCGGUUGGAACCCACCAAGCGCAGAACUCGCUCAGCGUCUUGACGCGGAUAACAUUCCAUGUAUCUACGUGUCACCCGACAAAGCAGAUAGUUACACGAUCACGGCGCGGAUCUCUCAGUUCACGGCCAAGAUCCGACGUGACGAUGUUGAACGGAUAGACAUGGCAGCUGACCACGUCUCCAAGCACUGCGAUUUUAGUUUCCUAGACGAGUGA